GAGAAGGUGAACGAAACGAGCCCUUUUUAAAGACAGCUUUUCCGUUCGUUCCUUUUCACAUUCAGAAAAACUUUGCUACUGCAAGACAAGACAAAACAAAACAGAGUAACAAACCCAACUAUAAUGAGCUUACUUCACGAGGCCCUACUCUCUGUAGUACGCUUUCAAGGUCCAAUCUCUUAGAUUUGCUUUGCUUUGCGUUGGAUUGAGUCAGAAUUUUCCACUCCUUGAGCAAAACGCCAAGAAACAGACCCUCCUCCUCCUCCUCUUCUUCUUCUUCUACUAUUUUACUCUCUCUACAAGAGAAGCCUUGUGGAAGACAAAGAGAUUCCUGGUUUUUGUGGGUGAUAAGGGGUGAGAAUUAAGAAAUGGGUUCUUGUGUUUCAGUUCACAGAGACUCAGAAUCAGCCAUGAAGCUCCGUUUGUCUUUUGGGUCUAAGACUGACAAGUUUGUGAUUCCAUCACCAGACAAACCGGUGGUCGCUGGCGACAACCAUCGGAUCGCCGAGGUUGCUCUCAAAUCUCAGUGGUCGCCGCCACGCUUAAUGACAAAUAUUCGCGAAUUUGGUAGUAAAGAGGAGACCUUUUUCGAUUCUCAACCUUGUUUAGAAUCCGACUGUGAGGAUGAUUUCCUCAGUGUGAAUGGUGAUUUUACGCCAUCUCGUGGUAGUACUCCGGUCCAUCAGAGUUUCUCCGGCGAAACUCCAAAAAGACUCGACACAACCCUUUUUGAGGAAAGAGUCCUUGGUUCCAAACCUGAACCUUCUCCAAUAGAAAACAAAAAGAGCUUAGCUGAACUCUUUAAAGAUAGCCUACAAUCUGACUGGGAUUUUGAUGAGCAAGAUAUUCCAGGAGAUGAAAAUGAUGCAAACGGAAAGAUGGAAGGUAAGACAACUACUAAACUGGCCCUUCCUCCCAAAUCCGCCAGUGGGACACCUUACGUGUCUGGAGCUAACUCUGUUUGUAGUGGUGAAAGAACUCCUAGUGGAAAUUUCAAACCUGAGGAGAAAUCAGUAAGGUCCGCCCAGUGUUGCCUUCCAAGGCUACGUUCAAACCGUAGCUUUAGUGACAGAAAGAAGAUGAGUCCUCUCCGUGUUAUGGGGUGAUAAACAAAACGAAACAGAACGUCAGUUUUGUUGUCUAUUGUGAUAAACAAACCUGACUCCAAUAAAUUAUAGCAAAAUGUAUAUGUAAAAUGCCAAAACCUCAAAUGCGUGAGAUUUUAAGUUCCCGAGUCACUCGACUCAGCAGCCAUCGACUCAGCAGCCAUCGGGUUGGAGUAAAUAUUUAUGAGAUCAGUGGUUAGUGGUUUGGUAAUCCUGAGAUUUUCGGAUUCGAGUGCAUGUAUAAAGUCAUAGAGAAGAAGAUGAUAUAUCAAUCAAUUACAAUGUGACUUUUAUGGUAAUAUUUAUGUUUCUUUUCAGUCUGUGGGACCACACAAUCGGUUUUUUAUCGUAUCAAAAUUCUUAUUUUUGGAGGUGAAUUGGAUAAGCAUAAUUGUUUUGU